AUAGGUGAAAAUCCCAUGACCCAUGACUGUCCAUUAUUACUGGGUUCCCCACCCAUUCCAUCUCAUUGCUUCGUGCUGCUUUGUGCAGAUCUCACUGUAUUAGUUUGUACGCUUGCCUGUGUUUCUAAGUUCGACGAACGCCUUUGUUUGAUUUACGUUGAAAGUGUCUUUUAUCUUGUAAAUUAUUUCAGCGUAUUUAACAGGUAUACAACCAUGCAGAUCUUUGUCAAGACUCUCACAGGGAAAACCAUCACCCUGGAAGUCGAAGCUUCAGACACGAUCGAAAACGUGAAAGCCAAAAUCCAGGAUAAGGAAGGAAUUCCUCCUGAUCAGCAGCGUUUGAUCUUCGCUGGCAAGCAACUAGAGGAUGGACGUACUCUCUCUGAUUACAACAUCCAAAAGGAGUCCACGCUUCAUCUGGUCCUGAGACUUCGUGGAGGAAUGCAGAUUUUCGUAAAGACUCUCACAGGGAAAACUAUCACCCUGGAAGUCGAAGCUUCAGAUACGAUCGAAAACGUGAAAGCCAAAAUCCAGGAUAAGGAGGGAAUUCCUCCUGAUCAGCAGCGUUUGAUCUUCGCUGGCAAGCAACUAGAGGAUGGACGAACUCUAUCUGAUUACAACAUUCAGAAAGAAUCUACUCUUCAUUUGGUCCUGAGACUUCGUGGAGGAAUGCAGAUUUUCGUAAAGACUCUCACAGGGAAAACCAUCACCCUGGAAGUCGAAGCCUCUGACACGAUCGAGAAUGUGAAAGCCAAAAUCCAGGACAAGGAGGGAAUUCCUCCUGAUCAGCAGCGUUUGAUCUUCGCUGGCAAGCAGUUAGAGGAUGGACGAACUCUAUCUGAUUACAACAUCCAAAAGGAGUCCACGCUUCAUCUGGUCCUGAGACUUCGUGGAGGAAUGCAGAUUUUCGUAAAGACUCUCACAGGGAAAACUAUCACCCUGGAAGUCGAAGCUUCAGAUACGAUCGAAAACGUGAAAGCCAAAAUCCAGGAUAAGGAGGGAAUUCCUCCUGAUCAGCAGCGUUUGAUCUUCGCUGGCAAGCAACUAGAGGAUGGACGAACUCUAUCUGAUUACAACAUUCAGAAGGAGUCUACUCUUCAUUUGGUCCUGAGACUUCGUGGAGGAAUGCAGAUUUUCGUAAAGACUCUCACAGGGAAAACCAUCACCCUGGAAGUCGAAGCCUCUGACACGAUCGAGAAUGUGAAAGCCAAAAUCCAGGACAAGGAGGGAAUUCCUCCUGAUCAGCAGCGUUUGAUUUUCGCUGGCAAGCAGCUGGAGGAUGGACGUACUUUGUCGGACUACAACAUUCAGAAGGAGUCUACUCUUCAUUUGGUCCUGAGACUUCGUGGAGGAAUGCAGAUUUUCGUAAAGACUCUCACAGGGAAAACCAUCACCUUGGAAGUCGAAGCCUCUGACACGAUCGAGAAUGUGAAAGCCAAAAUCCAGGACAAGGAGGGAAUUCCUCCUGAUCAGCAGCGUUUGAUCUUCGCUGGCAAGCAGUUAGAGGAUGGACGAACUCUAUCUGAUUACAACAUCCAAAAGGAGUCCACGCUUCAUCUGGUCCUGAGACUUCGAGGAGGUGUGGACGCUUACGUCCAGACGAUGACACGCCACAUAAGCAGUUUACAGAUCUUAGUUAGUAGCUCGAUGGAUCUCAAUAACUGUAAGCUGCUCGAGACUAGAAAUGUUGGCAACGUCUAGUAAAAUUGAUAGUAUCGAUAACUUUAUUCUAUAUAUUUACCUUUUUAUAUAAAUUUCGUAUUCCGUACUAUUUGCCGCCAGUGUAAAACUCUGUUAUGUGUAAUAACGAGAAUCGCAAGUUGUAUUGAUUCAGUAUGUACGAGGGCAGAUUCUUGUAAUGCUCUUAAGUUCAUUAAACAAUCAUUAACAUAUG